AUGGAGCAAGUGCAGGAGGUGCUGCUGUUGGUGGCUUCGUGCGUGUCUUGCGCAGGAUGCGGCCUUUUGCUGGCGACAUGGAAGCGCGUGGAAGCUCCCAGCUACGUUAGUCGCCGCAUCGUCACGUCACUGGGGCGUGCAGGGCUCGUUACCUCCAUCGCCUUCGCCAUGUCACUCGUGGUGAAUGGACUUGGACAGAACUACCGACACCAUGAGGGUCUUUGCUACGCGCAGGCGUUGACGCUACAAUACUUUUACCUGGCGUCGUACUUUUGGACGGCCUGUUUCGCCUUCCAUCUCUACCAGGUCAUCGUCAAGCGGAACGAGUAUCCGGAGGAGUUUCUAUGGGUUUAUCGCGGUGUUGGAUGGGGGCUUCCGGGAGUGAUGCUGGUUUAUCUUGUGCUUCGCCAGUUGACAGGGCAUCUCGGGGUUGGCGGGGCUGACCGGCGCUGGUGCUGGAUUGCGGUGCACACUACACAGGAAGAUGCAGGAGACGAUUCGCUAGUCUGGCGACGGGAAGGUGCGAUGCAACAGCUUUCGUUGUUCUACUUGCCUGUCCUCUGUGUGUUCGUCUUCAACGUGGGCGUCUACCGCACCAUUCUCAAGUUCCUGCAUAUGGAUCCCAUGGCAUCACGCUUCCGAGAGAAGGUGAAACUCUACGUGGGCAUCUUCUUCUUGUGCUCGAUUUGGGGAAUCAUCCAUCGGCAUCGACGACUCGCCCUUGCUGCCCCAAGUCGUCGGAGCAUUUGA